AUGUGGACAGUUCCGAAACCAAAGUAUAGAAGAGGUUCGUGCGACGAGGGGGAGAUUGCUGUCAACAUUGGCGGAGUCCGGGUGGAGCUUUUCGGGGAUGUUUUAAACCGCUACCCGGAGAGCAGACUGGCGGAGUUGUUGAACUGCUCCACCCAAGAUCACGAAGUCAUAUCGUCGCUUUGUGAUGACUUUGAUCCGGGCAGAAAGGAGUUUUACUUCGACCGAGAUCCCGAUGCCUUCAAGUGCAUCAUCGACGUUUACUACUUCGACGAAAUCCACAUCAAACCCGGCAUCUGCCCCAUCUGCUUCAUCAAGGAGAUGGAGUUCUGGAAAAUAGACCAAUGCGUUUUGGAUGAAUGUUGUAAAAGUUACCUCAGCGAGAAGGAGGAGGAGCUGACAGAGAUCGCAAACAAAGUCAAAGUGAUUCUGGAGGACCUGGAGGUGGAUCGGUGCAUUACGCGCACCCAGCGGUGCCAGAGGUUUUUAUGGAGACUGAUGGAGAAACCGGGGUCCUCUCUGCCGGCGCGCGUCAUUGCCAUCAUAUCCUUCCUGUCUGUCCUGGUCUCGGCGUUGGUAAUGUGCAUAGGCACCAUCCCGGAGCUCCAGGUGAAGAAUGCUGACGACAAACUGGUGGAGCACCCGACCCUGGAGGGGAUCGACACCGCCUGCAUGUUAUGGUUCACCGCGGAGUACUUGCUGCGUCUCGCCUCCUCUCCGAACAAGCUGCACUUCACGCUCUCCUUCAUGAACGUCAUAGACUUUUUGGCCAUCAUGCCUUUCUACGUGGUCCUGACCCUCACCUCCCUUGGCACCGCGUCCAUGAUGGAGCUGGCUAACGUCCAACAGGCGGUGCAGGCGUUGCGCAUCAUGCGUAUCGCGCGUAUUUUCAAGCUGGCGCGCCACUCCUCCGGGCUGCAGACUCUGACCUACGCGCUCAAGAGUAGCCUGAAGGAGCUGGGGCUGCUCCUCAUGUACAUGGGGGUGGGCAUCUUUGUGUUUUCAGCGCUGGCCUACACCAUGGAGCAAAGCCACCCGGAGACGCUUUUCAGCAGCAUCCCGCAGUCUUUCUGGUGGGCCAUCAUCACCAUGACCACGGUGGGCUACGGAGACAUCUACCCCAAAACCACGCUGGGCAGGUGCAACGCAGCCGUGAGCUUUCUAUGUGGAGUCAUAGCCAUCGCCUUGCCCAUCCACCCCAUCAUCAAUAACUUUGUGGUGGUUUACAAUAAGCAGAAGGUGUUGGAGACUGCAGCGAAGCACGAGGUGGAGCUGAUGGAGCUGAAGAAUGGCAGGGGCGUGCGCAGAAAAAGCAGUAAUUAGUGGUUCCCAAACUUUUUUCCCCAAGGGGGCCCGUUUUCCAUCGUUAGGUAAACUGAUGACCACUGACUAAGUGACAUAUACAAUGGAUAUUUCAUGAUAUAUUUAACAACAUUGCAGAAUAAGGAUAGAAUGUAGAGUUAGUACAAAUAAUGAAACUAAAACUGCAGGAAGUUUUAGAUUUUGAGAA